GACAAAAGGGGGUUUAACUCUAUGAGUCCCGGAGUAGAGAGCUCCGUCAGGAUACUGGCACACUGAGCUCUGACAGAGAGGGUAUUAUUGCAUCAUUCACAGAUUAUAUGCCUGUUCUGCCUCUAGCUCUGCAAGAGGAUGUAACUGGACCUGAAUGAUUGCACUGGACUAUUAAAGACAGUAGAGAAAUCAACAUUCUGAGUGGUGGUGAAUAAGCAGGAAGGAUGCAGUGUGGUGUGAUGCUGUGUGUCCUGCUGCUGAUACUGUCCUGUAGUGCUGCAAACCAGAACAGAAGAAAAAACAGACAGAAGCCUGACAACAGUGUCAUGAAGAAUGAAGUCAAAACUCUGUUCUGUCCAGUGGAGUUGGCGUUUUUAGUGGACAGUUCAGAGAAAGCCACAAUGCUUCUGUUUGAGAGGCAGAGGGAGUUUGUGUUGCGCUUCAGCACCAGGCUGAUGCAGCUCCAGGUGUCUGGCUGGCGUUUGCGGGUGAGACUCGCCCUCCUUCAGUACAGCAGCAUAGUCUCAGUGGAGCACAACUUCCAGGACUGGCAGGACAUUGAAGUGUUCCACAGCCGAGUGGAUAACAUGAUCUACAUCGGCCAUGGCACCUACUCAGCUUACGCCAUCUCAAAUGCCACUCGGCUCUUCAAACGUGAGACUUCGCCCAGCAGCUUAAGAGCAGCGCUUCUGUUGACAGAUGGGGUGGACCACCCACGCAGCCCCAGUGCUGUAACUGCAGCCACAGAUGCCAAGAACCAUAACAUCCGUAUGUUUGUCAUUGGGCUGUCGGGAUCCACACGAGACAAGCAGGACAAUGGUAGACUGAGGUCCAUUGCCAGCGCACCGCCUCAGCAGCACCUGUUCAGCCUCACUGACCCACAGCUGGAUGACAAGCUCUUCAGGGAACUGAGUGAACUUGCGAACACAGUUUGUCCACAACCUAAAUCCUGCCAAUGUGAAAAAGGAGAGAGAGGUACUCCAGGAAAUCCAGGUAAACCAGGUGAUCCAGGAUUUGAUGGGCCUCCUGGUCCUAAAGGAUGUAAAGGAGAGGCAGGUUUCAAUGGACGUCCAGGAUUAGAGGGUCUGAGGGGAAGAUCAGGACUAAAAGGAGAAAAGGGCGGGAAAGGAGAAUGUGGCACCCCAGGGAUAAAAGGAGAUCAAGGCCCGAAUGGACCUCCAGGACCACGUGGACCACGAGGAGAUCAGGGACUGAGUGGUAAUCCUGGUGACUCUGGCCCUGAGGGCCCCAGUGGACCUAAAGGUGAGCGAGGACCUGGUGGACCCACCGGACCUCCAGGGGACCCAGGGGUUGGGUUUCCUGGUGUGAAGGGGGAGAAAGGUAGCCAAGGCAGACCUGGGCCAACUGGACCUGUUGGUAUCGGCGAGCCAGGAAUGCCUGGCCCACCAGGACCUACAGGAGUUCAAGGCAACCAAGGGUUUCCCGGAGAGGGUUUACAAGGACCGAAGGGUGACAGAGGAUUUGAGGGUCCUAAGGGUGCACGUGGACCUCCUGGAAUUAGCAUUAAGGGUGAUAAGGGUAAUACAGGGGAAAAAGGUUUACCUGGACUGAUGGGAUUUCCAGGAGUUGGGAUCCAGGGUGAAAAGGGAGACCUGGGACUCAUAGGACCACCUGGCCCUAGAGGCCCUCCUGGAGUGGGCAUUAUGGGCACUAAGGGUGAUCAGGGCUUUCCAGGAGAAUCUGGACUGCAAGGUGAAAGAGGAACAGGAGAACCAGGACCAAAAGGAGAACCAGGCAAAGAUGGAGCACCUGGUAUUCCUGGUAUCCCAGGUGAAGAUGGAUCCGUGGGUCCAAAGGGUGAGAUGGGUUUACCUGGUGUUCGAGGUCCAGAGGGCUCACCUGGGAAAGGGAUUCCUGGUGAGAAGGGGGAAAGAGGGGAUAAAGGACAGAGGGGUCUCCCAGGAAGUGCUGGAGCAGCAGGACCCCCAGGGGCCAAGGGAGAACCAGGAAGUUUAGGUAUGAUGGGCUUACCUGGACCUCCGGGUCGAGGAUUACCUGGUUCAAAGGGUGAGCCAGGACCUGCAGGCUCCCCGGGUCCUGUUGGAGAGCCAGGUGUCGGGACUACAGGCCCUAAGGGUGACAGAGGAAGUCCAGGACCAGUGGGGCCACAAGGAAUGAAGGGGGAGGGUUACCCCGGACCACAAGGUCUUCCAGGGUUGCCUGGGCCACCAGGUGAAGCUGGACCUGAAGGACAAGGAAUUCCUGGACCAAAGGGAGACCGGGGCUUAUCUGGAGUGACUGGCCCUUCAGGUCCUCCAGGAAUUGGACUGAUGGGACUAAAGGGUGCAGUUGGCCAACCUGGUGCUCCUGGUCUUCCAGGACCUCCAGGAGAGGGAAUUCAGGGUCCCAAGGGAGAUCCUGGGUUUCAAGGGCCCCCUGGCCCUAGAGGGCCUCCAGGUGAUGGACUGCUAGGAGAGAAGGGUGACAGGGGCCUAGCAGGGGAACGUGGGAGAAAAGGAGAGAGAGGAGAACAUGGAAUGCCUGGACAAACAGGAGUCAAGGGAAAACAAGGAGAGAAGGGAGAGCCUGGCCUAUCUCGAGACCAGGUGAUCAGAAUAAUCCGUGAAAUAUGUGGAUGUGGUCUGAAAUGCAGGACGAGUCCUCUGGAGCUGGUCUUUAUCAUUGACAGCUCAGAGAGUAUAGGUCCAGAGAACUUUGAGUUGGUGAAGGAUUUUGUGAACACACUGAUCGAUCGCUUGUCCGUGAGCCAUGAAGCCACACGUGUUGGGGUGGUGCUCUUCAGUCACGUGGAUGUGGUUGUGACCAGUUUACAACAGCUGUCCAACCGGGAAAGCAUCAAAGCUGCUGUGCGCAGGAUGCCGUACCUAGGCGAGGGCACUUUCAGUGGUAGUGCUAUCCGCCAGGCCACCCAGCUGUUCCGAGCAGCACGGCCGGGUGUAAGAAAGAUUGCGGUCGUGCUGACAGACGGUCUGGCCGACAAGCGGGAUUCAGUGAGGCUGAAGGAUGCUGCGGAAGAGGCUCACAAUGCUGCGAUUGAAAUCUUCGUGGUUGGCAUCAUGAACAGCAGUGACGCCCAGUAUGCAGAGUUUAAGAAUGAGAUGAACAUUUUGGCAUUUGAUCCUGAUGAAGAUUAUGUCUACUUGAUUGAUGACUUCAUGAAACUGCAAACACUUGAGAGUAAACUGCUGAGUCAGAUCUGUGAGAAUGAUGAUGGAAUGCUCUUCAGCCCAAACGGCAAAACAUUCCCUCCAUUUGGUUCUGAGCCAGUUCCAGACAGAACUGAGGCUCCCACCAGGAAUUAUUUCAUCACAGAGGGAAAAGAGGCUGCACUUCCAACUGAGUUUGAGACCACUUCUUCUCCAGAUGACUAUGACGAGAUGCAUAUUAACAACAACAACAACAGGAUGCCCUUUGUUGAUGAGUCUUUAAAUGAGCUUCCUAAGGUGACAGAUGUCCCAGUUGGAGAUAGGACAAGACAAUACUCCAUCUCAUUAGUGGGACCCCAGACGCCCAUAAACUGGCGGCCUGUUCCAGAAAUUAUCCCAGCUCCACGAACUCUACCUCCACCGGUCCUUCAGCCUAACACCUUCAUGAAAGAGGUAGGCUGUAGGCUGGGAUUGGAUCCUGGGCCAUGUAGGGAGUACAGGGUGAUGUGGUACUACGACCCAGAGGCCAAUGCGUGCGCACAGUUCUGGUAUGGUGGCUGCCAAGGCAACAGCAAUCGUUUCGAGACGGAAGACCUUUGUCAAAACACUUGUGUGCAGACAUAACACCCUCACUGUGAAGCGCAUGCCUCGACUUUGCAAUCAUGCACUAUGCAGAUACAUUUUCAUGGUCGUACAUGUGUUUUAUGAGAACAGUAAGGAAUCCUACUGCACUGACUGUGGAUUAGAUUUGUCCUUUGGGCCAACACUAUUUUAAAUAAUGUUUACUAGACUAAUGCUUCUCCAUUUUCUAGAGAAUAAUAUGUAUAUUAAAAGUACCAUAUUUUUUCCUAGUCGCACUGAAUGUUUUACGAAUUUCUUAAUUUUUUUAUAUUCCUUCCACAGAAAUAGUAAAUAUUUCUGUUAAUUGUGAUUUCUGUUAAAGGACAUCCAACAUGUAGAGUUACAUGUUUAUUUCUUCAUGUGAACAGAUUUGGAGAAAGUUAGCAUAUGCAUCACUUGCUCACCAGUGUAUCCUCUGCAGUGAAUGGGUGCCAUCAGAAUGAAAGUCCAAACAGCUGGAAAAAACAACACAAUACUCCACACCACCCCAGUCUAUCAAUUAGCUAACUAAAUUUCCCCAGAUCUGUUCACAUGAAGAAACUAAUUCAUCUACAUCCUUGAACUCCACCAUUUCUUCUGCUCAAAGUGGAAAAAAGAGGUGCUAGUACAUCCCUUGUUUUCAUAAAAUAAAUGAGUCAAUACAUAUAUUUUUAUUUAAUUUUAAAUUUACAUACAUUUAUUUUUAUUUCAACCAAACCUAGUCUAAAGUUCUGCUAAAUUGUGCCUACCCCAUCAAACUCCACAAGUGUCUGCCUCUCUAAAUCCAUGAUUAUCUUAAUGAUUUGCAAUGUGAGUAUCAUAAAGUAUGUAAAUACAUUAAUAUUGUAUAAACCAGGCUUAAAUGUAACGAUACAAUAUGCAACAGGAGGUCCCUGCUUUAUGUUAGUGGAAAGCAUUGCACAAAAUGACUAAUAAUGUGUACAGCAUAAGCCCACUUUUAGCACUGAUCAUGACAAAAUCAUUUAAGUAGUCACUGCUCUUUCUAAGUGCAUGCAUAUUUAAAAUGCAAAAAGACUAACAUUAAAAAUCUGUGUUAAAAUAUUAUGCAAAGUAUUGUAUGUUAAAUUUGUGUUAUAUUGUAUGAUUAACGUCAUUUCCUUCAAUUAUUUCAACAAUGUUCAUCCAUGUUUAAUUAUUCAUGUUUCCUUUAAUGACUCCAACAAUGAAACCAACAAUUUUCUUGCCUUUACUAGUAUUUUUUAUAUUUAGACCACUGUGUUUCCAAAGCUGUUAUUAAUGUUUCGGGCAAUAAAGUAGUUAGUCUUUGUAAAACCUGUUUUAAUAUUUAUAGAACAAUAAUUAUAACAUGAUUUAUAUUUAAUGGUACAU